CCAUGAACCAAGGGCCUCGUCUAAGAAUUUUGUUCCGAUCCAUUUCUGACUGAAAAAUUAUUUGAAUAAACCCUAAUGGCAUAGGGACAAGGCAGUUCAACCAUUUCAAGUUGAUAGAGGUUUUGAUUCUUUCAAUCGGAGGCUAAAUCCCAGUGAACUUCAUGAUUACAAUCGUUUUCUUCAGUUUGCCCACGAUUUGGGUGAUUUUUUUGGGGGGAGAAUGAUGUAGAGAAUAUCAAAAUCCACAUCCGCAUUUAUAUUGAAAACCAAAAUCCUAUAGUUCUUCUACCCAGGUUUCAUCACUUCCCUUUUCUUGUUUGAAUUAUGAUCCAUCUAAUCAAUGAGCUUGGAAUAAAGAAAUUUUCUCACUUUUCUACGAGAGGCCCACAAUGUUAAAUGCUUCCUUAACAGUUCAGUCCUUCCAAAAUGAGAUCGAAUUUCCUUUUGAACAAGUCGGUUCUUUGUGUAUUUUCUAGAUGCCUUUCUUUUUAAUCAUUUCGAGGAAGGACUGGGGUCACCUGCAACACAGCUGAUGUUUAUUAUAUCUAUUUUAACUCUACUUUUGUUCGAUCCAUCUUUUGUUUUUCGUUCUUGAAAGAGAGUUUGAAUCUGAAUUUGGUAUGGAUAGGAUAUGUAUGAUUUAUAUUUGAAGUACGAAUGAAAUAAUAGUGAUAAAUAGUUUUUAUAUGUUAUAAACGACCAUUUAACCCAAGCUAAAUCACCCAAAGUCCAAUUCUUCUUCCAGAUAAAUCCAUAUUUUGAAACUUAACAGAAGCCUAUAAUUGAAUCUGAUGGCAUCUUCUUCAUCAUCACAACAGAAAAAUAAAAAUCAUCCUUUUUCAGGAAUUGAUCCUACGGGCAUAAGAAAUAAGGUUUCUGAAUCAACAAGAUUGUUUGAUGUGUUCAUCAAUCACAGAGGCCCUGAUGUCAAAGAUACUCUGGCUCGCCAGUUUUACUAUUCCCUUAAGGAGUUAGGAAUACGGGCAUUUCUUGAUUCGGAAGAGAAGGAACUUGGACAUUCUUUUCCUUCUACUAUUGCGAAUGCCAUCCGUUCAGCUGCAGUUCACAUCGCUAUCUUCUCCAAAAGAUAUGCACAGUCCCCUUGGUGUUUGGCAGAGUUGGUUCUUAUGUUAGAAAGUAAAGCCAAGAUUAUUCCUGUUUUUUAUCAGGUGGAACCCUGGGAGUUGCGCUACAUAGAAAAGGGAACGUAUGCUGGUGCAUUCAUUACAUAUGAAAAAAAAUCCAGAUACCAGGAGAAACAUAAGGAGUGGAAGGAAGCCCUUCAAUCCAUCUCAUUUAUUGCAGGUUGCGAAAUCAAAAGUUUGAAUGGCAGUCAAUGCCAGAUAAUAGCAUCAGAAGUGCAAAAGGAAGUGCAAAGAACAAAAUCUUUGUAUGUUGCCAAAUAUCCAGUAGCACUUGACAAGCUUGUACAAGAUUUUGAAAGACGAUGCCUUCAUAAGCUUGUGAAAGACUUUGAAAUCCAGUGUGGAAUAAAUGAAGGUAGAGAAAGGAAGUCACAGAUCGUUGGCAUUUUCGGAAUGGGAGGGAUAGGUAAAACAACUCUUACCAAAGAAAUUUUCAAUCUAAAUCGCCCACAAUUUGCUCGAGCCUGUUUUCUAUUUGAUGUGCGGGAAGCCUCAUCCAAAAGCAAUUUGCCUUCUUUGCAAAUGAAACUUGUCAAAGAUCUGUUCAAUGAAGAUGGGUUGAAUUUUCAAAGUACAGAAGAAGCCUCAAGUUAUAUUUCUAAUUGUAUAGAAAGAAGCAGUUCUCUGAACUUCCUAAUUGUUCUGGAUGAUAUUGAUCGCGUGGAACAGUUAGAUGCUCUAGUCAUCAUGCAUAUGCUAAAUAAAUCUGUUAAUACUCUGGUAAUUGUUACAACUCGUGAUGUAGGGGUACUUAUAAGUGCUGGAAUUCAGUUUGGUUAUCAUUUAAAAGGAUUGACUAUAGAUGAUGCCAGGCAGCUCUUUUGCUGGCAUGCCUUCUCCCAACCCAAUCCAGCUAGCGGUUAUGAGGAUCUUGUUGAUGCUUUUUUAGGCGUAUGUGGAGGCUUACCUCUUUCUCUUCAAGUCCUUGGAAGGCAUGUUCACGGCAGAAAGGAGAAUUAUUGGAGGACAGAACUUGAAAAAGUUCGUAUGGUGCUGCAUCGAGAAAUACAACAAAAGCUUAAAAUAAGCUUCGACGCUUUGGACAAUAAGGAGAAACAAAUUUUCAUGGAUAUCGCGUGUUUCUUUGUUGACCAAUCGAAAUCCAUAGCCUUAAGAGUAUGGGAGGCGUCGGGAUGGAAUGCUGAAUCUGGACUGAGAAAAUUACAGGACAAGUGCCUAGUUGAAGUACUAGGAGAUACAGUUCCUCUACUGAGAAUGCAUGACCACCUGCGUGACUUGGGAAGAGAAAUGGCAAAUGAACUGACCCAUCCUCGUAGACUGUGGCGCCCUAGGGAUCUAAAAUAUUUGGAAUCAAUGGGAUUCGAAAACAUACUCGCCCAAACCACUGGAAGGUGUUUCCAUUCAUUUUUUGACAAGUCCCUGAAUUUUGAAAUUAAAUUCUUUUUAGGGGAAUCAGAUGAUGAUAUUGAGCCCUCAACUUCUUUGCUAUUGCUUCACAUUUGGUACCCGUAUGCGUAUUGUGGACUGCAUCCCUCCAAUUUAUGGCGCCAGCAUCAACUAAACUUCGGUGUACAGCCGAGAAUUCCUUCAUGGAUCCCACUUGAAAAUUUGCAGUGCAUAAGAAUCAGCAAUGGGUAUUUGAAAUAUUUGUGGCAAGAUGCAGAGGCUCCCUUCCAAUUGAAAGAGCUGGAAAUUCAUGGAAGUUUUGUGGAAAACUUUCCAGAUUUCCUAGGAAUACUAACUGUUGCGGAAAAGAAAGUCAUCGAUGCUAAAAACAUGUUGGCUAUAGAAAGUCCGCUUUUAUUAAGAUCCCGUCCCAUGAAUCCUCAUGCUUUAUAUUUGAAUGAGGGUGGAAUGUGUGCUACCAUUAGGAAUCCAUUGAGCUUCAUUGAAGAUCUAGUAAUUAGCAGACAAGAAAAUAUAGUAAUCAUUGUAAUUAAUGGAAAUCAUUGUCCAAGCCUUCAAUCCUUGGAACUUUCUUUCAUGAAAAAUCUUAUUGAGGUGCAGUUUACAGAAGUAGAGACAUUGAAUUGUCUGAAGGUUACCAAUUGUGAAGAUCUGAAAAGAUUGUCACUGACAUCUGAUCUUACAAAGCUUGAAGAGUUGAACAUCAGUGCUUGCCCUGAGCUUACAGAGCUAAAUCUUGGUCUCCCGAGUUGUCUGAAAAGGCUCACAAUUUUAUGUUCUGCUUUGAGAAGUGUGCCAGGAUUAUCCAGUUUUUGUAUGCUCGUAGAAUUGAAGAUUAGUAGAUGUCCAAACCUUCAUGAGUUAAGUGUUCGAUCUCUUGACUGCCUGGAAAAAGUUAUAAUUGAAAACUGUUGUCAUCUGCAAUGUGUGACAGGAAUAUCUCAACUUUCAAAGCUUGUAGAAGUAAGCAUUUCCCUGUGUUGGAAUCUUCAGCUUGAGUUGCGUCUGGUGGAUUUAAACUGUGUGAACAGGAUAACAGUUGAUAUGUCUGUCAAGGUAAAUUGUUUUGAGUUGAAUGGUUGUAAGAGAUUGGAAAAAGUAUCAGGAACUUAUGACUUAAAUAAAAUUCGAAUUUUUAUAAUUUGUGACUGUCCGGAGCUUAGGGAAUUGCCAGUUAUUUGUGGCGCAAGUUGCCUGGAGGUAAUUUCAAUUAAUGGAUGUGGAAAGCUCAAUUGCCUUGAGUUGGCAGAUUGCAAAAUUUUGGAAAAAUUAUCCGGGAACUUUGUUCUGGUGCGACUAUCCAUAUCGGAUUGUCCAAUGCUUGAAGAGCUGCCAUGUUUUACACGUCUAACUUGCCUUGAGGAUGUUCAGAUUUCCAGUUGUAGGGAGCUAAAGAAAAUAACUUUACCAACAACACUCAAUAGUUUUCACUUGGCUGCUUGUUCGGAACUGAAAAGUGUGUCAGAAAUAUCCAUUCUCAAGAAUCUUGUAAAGCUCAUUAUCUCUGAGUGUUGGCAGCUUGAGCUUCAGUUGCAUCUUGACAGUAUGAACUCUCUCCAGACGAUUAAGAUGGAUAGAUGUGGGAAGCUCAAGUCCUUUCUGUUGAAUAAAUGUCAAAAUCUGAAGACAGUGUCAGGUAACUUUGAUGUGGCACGGUUAUCCAUUUGUGAUUGUCCGGAGCUUGAAGAGCUGGAAUGUUCUACACCUCUAGUAUACCCUGACGAGUAUCCAUAUUUCGACCGACUGAACUGCUGGGAGAGUAUUAGCAUUGUCUCUUGUCGGAAGCUGCAGAAGAUAACUAUUCCAUGGACACUCAUCGGGCUCACUGUGCGACAGUGUAGAGAAUGGCAAAUAUUGGCAGGAAUCUGUUGUCAUUCAAAGCUUGAAUUUCUUAACAUUUUUGAAUGUCCAAAACUUGUUGAGUUGCCGAGUCUUAUGGAAUUGUCCUGCUUGAAUUGGAUUACAAUUGACAGUUGUGAGCAACUGGAGAAAAUAACAAUGCCAAGGGCACUCAUCGGCCUCACUGUUAGGAGGUGCAGGGAAUUGCAAACAGUGGCUGCAAUCGACUAUAGUACAAAGCUUCAAUAUUUAGAAAUUAUUGAAUGUCCAAAUGUUGAAGAUUUGCCAGGUUUUGCUAGACUGAGCUUCUUGAAGAAUAUUGCAAUUGAUUCCUGUGAGAAGCUGCAGACUAUAACAGGUAUUGAAGAAUUGCAGGAAUCGGAAGCAAUGCAGCUUUUAUACCUCAAAAAUACAGCAAUACAGAAUUGCAUUCCUAUGUUGAAGGUAACAUACAUUGAAGAGAUUAGAAUUCUCCGGUGUGGGAAUCUGCAGAACAUAACUUUGCCAAUGACUCUGAAGCGUCUUGAGCUGAAUGCUUGCGGAGAACUCAAAAAUAUAUCGGCAAUAUCUGCUCUUACGGGGUUGGUUGAAUUAAAGAUUAGUAAAUGCCCACAGCUUGAUGAGUUGGGUUUAGCAGAUCUGAGCUGGCUAGAAAAAUUAGCAAUUGCAAAUCUGAAAAGUGUGUCCGGAAUAUCUAAUCUUACAAAACUUGUAGAAUUGGAAAUUUGUGAGUGUUUGGAGGCUGACCUGUGUCUGUCAGGCUUAAGAUGUUUGGAGAGGAUUGAAAUUGUUGAAUGUGGAAAGAUGCACACCAUAACACUGCCAACAAGCCUCAUUAAACUCAGUCUGGAAGCUUGUAGAAAAUUGGAAACAAUGACAAGCAUAUCUAGUCUUACAAAACUUGUUGAGCUGAAUAUAAUAAACUGUCCUGAUAUUCAACCAUUGUUGGAUCUGUCUGACCUGAACUGCCUGAAGAUGACUGUCAUUGCUGAAUGUUGGAAUAUGCACGACAUAACACUGCCAACGACACUCAACCAACUCACAUUGCAGCGGUGCAGAGGAUUGCAAACGGUGGCAGGCCUCAGCAAUCAUGCAAAGCUUACAGAGAUAGACAUUAGUGACUGUGAGAAGCUUGAGGACUUAACAAGUCUUGCCGGACUGUGCUGCUUGGAGAGGAUUAAUAUUGACUCUUGUGAGAGGAUACACAACAUAACACUGCCACCAACAAUAAUUCAACUUACUGUGCAACGUUGCAGAGAACUGCAAAUGAUUGCAGGAAUAGGAGAUGUUACAGAGUUUACAGAGCUAUACAUUAGUGAGUGUCCUAAGCUUGAGGAGUUGCCAGUUAUUUGUGGUCCAAGUUGCUUGGAAAGGAUUAUAAUUGAUGGGUGCCAGAAGCUCAAUCGCCUUCAGGUGACUGAUUGCAGGAUUUUGAAAGGCGUAAGGGGUAAAUUUGAUUUGGCACAGUUGUGGAUGUCUGAUUGUCCGGAGCUUGAAGAGCUUCCGUGUUUUGCAAGCCUAGUUCGCCUUGAGGAGGUUCGCAUAAUCAGGUGUGGGAAGCUGCAGAAAAUAACAAUGCCAACAACACUGACAAGCCUGUACUUGGAUGCUGGUACAAAACUAAUAAGUUUGCCAGAAAUAUGCCAUCUCAGAAAUCUUGUACAACUGAUUAUUUCUCACUGCUGGCAGCUUGAGCUUGAGUUGAAUCUUGAGGAUAUGAGCUCUCUCCAAAGCAUUGCAAUUGCUGGAUGUGGGAAACUCAAGUGUUUUCUAUUAAACAAAUGUCAAAAUCUCAAGAGAGUGUCAGGUAACUUUGGUGUGGCACACUUAUCCAUUUGUGAUUGUCCAGAGCUUGAAGAGCUGCACUGCUUUACACCUUUAAAUUACCCUGACGGGUUCCCUUACAUGACCCAAAUGAGCUGCUGGGAGAGUAUUAGCAUUGUCUCUUGUGAGAAGCUACAGAAGAUAACACUGCCAAAAACCCUCAUCACACUCACAGUGCGGCUUUGCAGAGAAUUGCAAAUAGUGGAAGGAAUCGAGUUUCCUACAACGCUUAGAUAUUUAAGCAUUAGUGGAUGUCCAAAGCUUCAGGAGUUGCCAAGACUUUCUAGAUUGAGUUGCUUGAAGAGGGUUGCAAUUGAUACUUGUGAGAAGUUGGAUAACAUAGCAGGUAUUGAAGAGUUGCAGGCAUUGGAAGCAAUGCAGCUUUUAUAUUGCAGUGAUGCAGCAAUACAGAAUUGCAUUCAGAGUUUGGAGGUUAUGCCGUCGGCCUUUAUCCAAGUGAUUGGAAGAGCAGCAGGUAGAGCAAAGUCAAAUUCAAACCCAUGUCUCUUUUCUGAGCCUGAUCUUUGUGCAGAUUUAUUCACUGGACUUGGUACCCACAAAAAUAAUGUGAAGCAAGAUAACGACACUUGGUCGGAGGGUUCCGUGAGUGCAAUCAUCGUUUGUGUUGUUGUUGAGGUUCACAGCUCUACUCCACUUCACACCAUAAACGAAUCCCUCAAACAAUAUGCGUGGAAAUUUGACUUACGAGAAGGAGAAUGGAUAAUAACCACUGUAAUUACAGACCAACAUAAAAUAAGGAUUUAUAAUUUCAUCCAGCAAUUUGAAGAUGUUCUUAUCGAGCAUGGGAUAAUAAGAUUGUUGAAUGUGGUGCCUGUGAUGAAAGGAGAAGAAUGGAAAACUUUCCACGUUGUACGUACAAUAGUUGAAAAGCUAUAUCAGAGUACAAAAUAUAGCAGCCUUUGACUAUUAGAGUGGCGUGUUUGAUGAUUUUUCUUGCACACCAGAUGAAAGUAAGAUGCUCCUUGUCUCAAAAACAUGUAUAGAUGAAAGAAACAAUGACAUUCUAUUUAAAUAUUUUCAAAAUA